GCCGGAGCCUCUAGGCGCCCGGACACCGGCGCCGGAAGAGGGGAAGGCGGGGUCCGCGCUGCCGGGUGAAAUCGUAGGCGAGUGAAGAUGCUGCUGGAGUUGUCCGAGGAGCAUAAGGAGCACCUGGCCUUCCUGCCUCAAGUGGACAGCGCGGUGGUCGCCGAGUUUGGGCGGAUUGCUGUGGAAUUCCUGAGGCGCGGCACAAACCCAAAAAUCUACGAAGGCGCUGCCAGAAAACUGAAUGUGAGUAGUGACACUGUCCAGCAUGGUGUGGAAGGAUUAACGUAUCUCCUCACUGAGAGCUCAAAGCUCAUGAUUUCUGAACUGGAUUUCCAAGACUCUGUUUUUGUUCUGGGAUUCUCUGAAGAAUUAAACAAAUUGUUGCUUCAGCUUUAUCUGGACAACAGAAAAGAGAUCAGAACUAUUCUAAGUGAAUUGGCACCAAGUCUUCCCAGUUAUCAUAACCUUGAAUGGCGACUAGAUGUACAGCUUGCAAGUAGAAGUCUCAGGCAACAGAUUAAACCAGCAGUGACUAUAAAGCUACACCUUAAUCAAAAUGGAGAUCACAACACCAGAGUUCUACAGACAGACCCAGCCACCCUGCUGCAUUUGGUUCAACAACUGGAACAAGCACUGGAAGAGAUGAAGACAAACCACUGUAGGAGAGUUGUUCGCAACAUCAAGUAGUUACCAGUUUUAAGGUUUUAAUUCAUUUGAAUCACUUUUGAAUUGAUGAUAUACAGCAAUUACUUUUCAAAAUUAAUUUUUUAUUAAUUCAUGAUGAUAAAUACAUAGUAUUCCUCAGUAUCUAUUCCAAGAUACUGAGGUCAUAAUCAGAAGCUAAGCUGGGUGCAGUGGCUCAUGCCAUUAAUCCCAGCACUUUGGGAGGCUGAGGUGGGCGAAUCAUGAGGUCAGGAGAUAGAGACCUUCCUGGCUAACAUGGUGAAACCCUGUCUCUACUAAAAAUACAAAAAAUUAGCCAGGUGUGGUAGCACGCGCCUGUCAGAGUCCCGGCUACUCGGGAGGCUGAGGCAGGAGAAUUGCUUGAACCUGGGAGGUGGAGGUUGCAGUGAGCCAAGAUUGUGCCACUGCACUCCAACCUGGGUGACAGAGCGAGACUCCAUCUCAAAAAUAAUAAUAAUAAAGUAAAAAUAAAAGUAAAAAAUAAUCAGAAGCUAAAGUAAAGUUCCUUUCCUGGUGCUAACUGGUUAUCUUGACACAUUAAGAUGUAUUUUGUAUUUUAAGAGUCUCAUGCUCUACCAAUGGAACUAGCCAGACGGCCAUUAUUUUGUAUUUUAAAUAUGUGAAUAGGAUUGAAUCAACUAGAAAUGAAUCUAUAUGUUCUGUAUAUAUGCAUGACUAUCUUGUUUUUGCUACUUCUUUUGACUGCUUAACUUUAUUAUUUUCCUCUUUAUUGAUCAAAUUUGAAAAUAAAAUUCAUAAUGUAAUACUAUUACUAUGCAGAAUUUUCUAAACAGUUCAGUAUUUUUGACUUUUAAAAAUAGCCCACAAUGUUAGUAGCCACAGAAUAUUGAACAUCAGUAUGAUUUUUAAUGCCAUAUUGUUAUAGGCAGUUUAUUCAUUUUUCUUUGUAUGUGAAGAUAAGUAUUUAUCAUAUUGCCUAAGUUUGAGUGAUCGUGGUUAAUUAAUUGGCUUAAAUAGUACUCAAAUUUGUGUGGUCGUCUAUUGUGUUUUAUCAAGGACUAAUUUUUCCACCAUACCCAAAGCAUCUAGGAGACACUCUGUCAUUUACAUUUACAAAUAGUGGAAGCAGAGAAAUAUAAUCAAUUCUUGAUUGUCCUGGAUACAAAUUAUAGUCACUUUUAAUAAUUUGAAUAAACUAUGAUGAGGGAAGGAAGACCAUGUUUAUUACAUUAUAGGCAACUAUCCCUUCUCCUUUACGAACUUGAUUUAUGUUUUGUUUUAUUUUUUAGUAGGGAACCAAAAGCUUUUGGCCUGAAAAACUCAGGUGCUGAUUUGUCAGGUCAACCUGAGAGAGUGCAGAGACACAGAGGCCGACUUAGGGAGAAGAAUUGUAUGGAAGGGUGGAAGUGAGGGUUCAGUCUUAACUAUGUAUCCAAGGCCUUAUCCUGAGAGUCUUCAUGGAAUAAUCUAGAAAGGACUGUAGAAGCAAUCAGACUCUAAACUGCACUCUAGACUUUUUACUUUACCUCCUAAGAAUUAGGGAUUUUCAUGUCAGAGUGAUACCAUGUUGCAAUCUCUUUAGAGAAGAGAGAGCCUAGCAGGGAAUAGGCCAGUGGAAGGAAAGCAUACUUGAAAUGGCUACCCAUUGGUCCCUGCAGGCAUCCGGGCCACCCUUUUCCUGUAGGUACAUGUUCUGCUGUUGUAAAAUAACUAUAUUAUUAGAUGUCAGCAAACUAUAAUCACAAAUAAUUUUUAAUUAUAUUGGCAACUUGAUUAAUGAAACUCUCUUAUAUACAACCUCACAAACAAAAGGAAACUUUAUCUGUUACAUGAAAUAGUAGCAUAUGUCAUUGGGUUUAAAAGCAACAUGCCUGCAAAGCUUAUGUGAUAAAAAAUACUUCUGUGAGGCUUUUUAUUUGUCCACAUUCGAUGGAAGAUAAACAUGGCUGACCCCAGCCAAGACUGAAACAGCCCUUUGUCUCCUCAGAACAACCUAUCUCCAACUCUUUGUCCACUGUUCUUACCCCAAUUAAAACAAGAAAACAUGUGCUGAUCCUUAAUUUUUAUCAACCUCCCUUGGCCUCCUUUCACUGUACUCCAUUAUUCCUUCUGCAGUGUUCUACCUUCUUCACCUUUUGAGACCAGGGUGAGUUGGGAGCAGUUUGCCUACCUUCUUUUAGAAUCUGGGGCUUAUCUUUUAGUACAAGCCAUUGAAUGAGCCUCUUCCUUUUUUUUUGCUCAAGCAUUCCACAUCCUUGUGGACUCCCCUGCGUUGUUUGUUUUAUAUAACAUUUGAUAUUUGUUGUAGCUUGUAUAUGAACAUAAUUUUCUGUAGAGGUAGUCACUGUUCUACUCUCCAAUAUGACCCAGGUUUCUUGACUCUGAGUAAUGCGCCUUCUAUUACUACCUAAAUUUCUAUUGAAGCUUUUUGGAUUAUGAGUAUGCUGACUUUUCACGAUUGGCUGGUUCAUAUUUAGAUUUAAAUGUCAUAUCCUUCAUGUUUCAAAGCCAAAAUAAUAACAUCUCAUCUCAGAACAGAGCUGUGAGCACAUGCCAAUAUAUGUGUCACAAAGUCUACAUAUGUUACAUUCCUUGGAAGUCUCUUUAAAUGUUUCACAAAAUGUCAAAAAGCUUGUUUUGUUAGAGAUUGGUCACAUUUAAGAUAGUAAAUGGGAAAGGUGGUGAAGAUGCUAUAAGAAGAUGCUGUAUCUUGAGAAUUGAAAAAUGAGAAUCUGACAUGGUUUGAAAAACCAUGAAGGGUGUGUAUAAAGGAUGCAUGUGUAGGAGCCCUUAAAAUUCAUAACAGUAUGUGUCCUUUUAGCGUUUUAAUCUUAUGAAGAGGUUAAGAGAUAAGUCUUCAGAGUUGGACAAAAAGAUUUGAAUUUAGUUUCUGUGGCUUAUUAUGGGUCCUUGAUAAAUUCUCAAAGCCUUUUUUUUUGUUCAUCUCUAAAAUAGGGAUAUAGGAUUACCUACCACAUUGGCUCAUAAGGACUAUAUGAGACCAUGUAUAUAGAAUGUUUAACAUAGUACCAGGCUUUACAAAGAACUCAAUAAAUGUUUACCAUUAUUGAAAUAGUUUUGUAGACUGAGAAUCUCAUUAUUUUAUAGUCUUGAAUUAUGUCCUGUAUACUCUGUUAAAUAAACUGAGAAAAAAUGCUAA